AUGGCUCCCGCCUCCUCCCAGUCUCAAGACGAAGGCCGUACCUCCGAAGGCGAGACGGAUGGUGCACCUCUGCAUCCGAGUGAGGCGGCCAUUGCUGCAAGCUUGGACGAACAGCUGGAGCUGCAGCGAAAGAAUUUGGCAGAAUUGAGGUUGAUUCUAGAGAACCAUCGAGAUACCCUGCAGGAGGAAGAUGAUGAGCCUGCGGGCCAAGUGACAGCCUCGGCGACAGGUCGCGUCGCCUCCAGGUACGAUCCAACCGACACAACCCAAUUCACUGGCCAAGUAGAGCUUCUCCAGCAAAAGAUAUACGAAGCUAUUGAGAGAGCUGGCGCAUCGCCCGAUGAAGAUGGAUUCGCAGCAGCCCUGCAUGCCAUUUCUCCCUCAGCCGUGAAACCCCCAAAGAAAACACGCGGCCCGUCACCAGAAGUCACUCACGGCACUCAGUCCAAAGGCAAGAAUCCCGCCAACCAGGCGAUCCAGCCGAGCCUCUCAACCGCGUUGACGCACCCCAUCAAUGCAUCCUAUAAAAAGCCCGUCAUCUUUUACCGAGUUGCUUGCUCUGACUUGGAUCCCAAGUGCAAUAAGCGAUUGUAUCUUGAUUCACCUCAGUACAAGCAGGGUCACCUCACGGGCGACAGAGUGGUUUCGGAUUUGGAACAGUUCCUGAAGCAGCGUGAAAACCCGCCAUUUGUCGUGUAUCGCGCAUUCCAAUGCUCUGGCAGCGGAUUUGUAACGACAACUCAGAAAACGAGUCCGGCACAAACUGAUGAGGUGGUUUUAAUCUUGAACAAGGACCUCCUUUCCAUUAUCAAGCGGCUCUCCAAGUUCACCUCCGACUUUCUCGACGAUAAAAUUUCGAUCUUGGGACGAAACGAUUUGUAUAAAAUGCCUGCAUUAUAUCCUCACUAUUUCCUCUAUCAUCACAGAAGAGAAAUCUACUCCAAGGCGUCCGGGGCUUCUGAAGGAAGUCCAAUCAAGCUUUUCGCUCAGUGGUUGCAAAGUCUCCCUAUCCCUAUGUAUGCCGAGUGCGACAACCUGUUCUCAAAGCGUCUAGUAUCCGCCACCACUCUGUGCUGGCUUUUCCCUGUCAACGGACUUUGUAUAGUUGAUAAAGGUCAUCGAAAGCUCGGGUAUGUAGUGGACGGUGUUGGUAUGGACAAGGGAACGGUGAUCCUGUCAGCCUGGAGCUGGGGAUUCAACGGACAAUGGGUGUUUCGCAUCUAUACGGUGCUCAGGGUGAAAAACACGGUAAUCUCGACGAAGCCCAGCAUGAAAAUCGAAGACCUUGGAGUAUACCCAAUUGGCUAUGGCCCAGAAGACAUGAGCCAACAGCUGCUGGAGAAGGGCGCCAAAUUCUGGAAGUUGAAGGACCAAGGAUUUCAUGCCUAUGAAGGUUGGGACUACAAAAGGGAGACCUAUUAUACAGCAGACUCCCGAUGGAUGAUUGACUACGACCUGUGGCUCGAAGCUGGUGGUCGCGAUGAGUAUGCCAAGAACCCAAAGGUGAAACCGAGGAAGGAACAUGAUAAUUGGGGAGACGAUCUUCCGGCCUCCCUUGAGCCAAGCGCGGUUCAGCAAAUGCUACUCCCGCAGGCCAUCCAUGCAUACAACACGAAGGAGUUGAAAUGGAUGCUUCUGUCGGUGGACCAGAUUCGACCGGUUGCCUGGAACAAGGAUGCAUUCAAUCGACUUAUACUCCCGCAACGAACCAAAAGCAUCCUCAAGGGGCUCGUGAUGACGAAGAAACCGGCAGCUAAGCCACCUGGUUCUACCGAAACCCAGCAAGAUAGAGCCAAUUUUCUAAUUUCACGAAACGGAAGGCCUUUAAUUUUGCAUUUCCAUGGUGGUCCUGGAACAGGAAAGAGUUUUGCUGCUGCAGAACUUGCUGAGAUGCCAGUUUUCCGCGUCGCUUGCGGAAUGAUUGGUACGACCUAUGAUGUAUUGGGUGAAUCUAUUCGCCGCUCUCUUCGCUGGGCCGACAAAUGGAAAUCCAUUGUGCUAUUUGACGGCCUCGAUGUAUUUCUCGACAGGAGAUCCGGAUCGGAUUCUGAAUACAAUCGUCUCGCGUCAGCGUUUUUCGAAGGUAUAGCAUGCCACGACGGUAUCAUCAUACUAACAUCUAGCGAUGCCCAAUCCAUUGAUAGCAAAUAUGCGUCCCGCUGCCAACUCAAUGUCACGUUCCCACCGUUGGACAAACCCGCCAGACGGAGCGUAUGGAAACACUGCCUCGACCAACUGCGGGCAGAAAGUGGGAUUUCCUGCGCACAAGGGAUUCAGUCGCACCUCGCUGCUCUAUCGUCCCACCAACUUAACGGAAAGCAGAUACAUCACGCACUUACAACUGCCCGGCAGAUGGCCCAAUUUGAAAAGUCGAAGCUGGAACUUAAACAUCUCAAGGACGCCAUAGAGAUAGCGACCGAUUCUGACCGUCAACUGGAGUGA